AUGUCAUGACGUCAUGACGCUGGCUGUGUUUGGUUUCCGCGCCGAGCACAAAUGGAAGCGACGAGCAGCGACAGUAAAGCGGGCGAGCAGAGCGCAGACACGGGGAUGGAGGCGGACAGCUCGGCGUCCAGGUCCGACAGUCGUUCCGUCUUUAACUCCACUGGUAGCGAACAGGAUUCCUUGGACGGCCUCUCGGAACCCGUGCCCCGCUGCCCUUUGACCCCGUCGCCGCGGAAACGGACCACUAGCCAGUCUAAGACGGAGCCGCCGCUGCUGAGGACCAGCAAGCGGACGAUCUACACGGCCGGACGGCCGCCGUGGUACAACGUCACCGGCACCACGUUCAAAGAGGCCUUCGUUAUCGGUCUGUGUGGAGGAAGCGCUUCUGGAAAAACCACGGUAGCCAAUAAGAUCAUCGAAGCGCUGGACGUUCCCUGGGUGGUUCUGCUGUCCAUGGACUCGUUCUACAAGGUGCUGAACAAGGAGCAGCAGGAGCUGGCAGCUACAAACGAGUAUAACUUUGACCACCCUGAUGCCUUUGACUUCGAGCUCCUGGUCACCGUCCUGCGGAAGCUGAAGAAAGGGAAGAGCAUCAAAGUGCCCGUUUACGACUUCACCACUCACUCCAGGCGCAAAGAAUGGAAAACGGUGUACGGGGCCAACGUCGUCAUCUUCGAGGGCAUCCUGGCCUUCGCCAACAAGGAGCUGCUGAAGCUUCUGGACAUGAAGGUGUUCGUGGACACAGACUCCGACAUCCGUCUGAUACGGAGGCUGAAGAGGGACAUCUCGCAGCGAGGCCGGGAUAUCAGCGGCAUCAUCAAACAGUACAAUAAGUUUGUGAAGCCGGCGUUUGAGCAGUACAUCGAGCCCACGGUGCAGGUGGCCGACAUCGUGGUGCCCAGAGGUGGAGAGAACUUCGUAGCUCUGGAUUUGAUCGUUCAGCACGUUCACAGUCAGCUGGAGAAGAGGAAGCUUCGCUGGGAUAUAUCCGCUCUGGCCUCGGCUCAUCAGGGUCAACCUUUACCCAAAACCCUCAGCGUGAUGGAGAGCACGCCACAGGUCCGCGGCAUGCACACCAUCAUCAGGAACAAGGAGACGAACAGAGAUGAGUUUAUCUUUUACUCCAAGAGAUUAAUGAGGCUUCUGAUAGAACACGCUCUGUCCUUCCUGCCGCUCAAGCCGGUGUUUGUGGAGACGCCUCAGGGCGGCGUCUAUGAGGGCAAACGCUUGAGCGGUAAACGAAUCACUGGCGUUUCCAUCCUGAGAGCAGGGGAGACCAUGGAGCAGGCUCUGAUGGCCGUCUGUAAAGACAUCAGGCUGGGAAAGAUCCUGAUCCAGACCAACCACGACACAGGAGAACCCGAGCUUCACUACCUUCGCCUGCCCAAAGACAUCAGUGAGGACUACGUGAUCCUGAUGGACAGCACCGUGUCCACAGGAGCGGCUGCGCUCAUGGCUGUCAGAGUCCUGCUGGACCACGACGUAGCAGAAGACAAGAUCUUCCUGCUGUCGCUGCUCAUGGCAGAGAUGGGCGUGCACUCGGUGGCCUACGCCUUCCCCAGGGUCCGCAUCAUCACCACGGCGGUGGACAAGGAGGUCAACGACCAGUUCCACAUCAUCCCCGGCAUCGGUAACUUUGGGGACCGAUACUUCGGCACCGACGCUCCGUCAGACUGGUGUGAAAGUGACGAAGGCAUGGACUUCUGAGGAGCGACGAGCAGCCGGCGCCGUGAAAGCACUUGGUCCGAGCAGCAUCCAGCUGAUUCUGCUUCAGACUGGAGACGUGGAGACGUCGUUCCAUCCAGCUGUAAUUACACAUCUGCCCGCGUUUGGAAUCAGUCAUGUGCGUUUGCUGCUCAGUCUGCAGCUCUGAAGCUUCACUGUUUACACCAGCCUUAAAGCUGGAGUUUACUGCAGGAUUUUGCACAGAACGUGUUCUGUAAAGGUCCAGUUUUAGCAGCAGCGUCUCCACUCAUUGAUCAGUGUUCUGCACAAAGACGUGACGCCUCAUCUUCUCUCUGAUGUUUGGCUUGAAGCUUGAUGUUUGUCUCUGGCUGCAGACGUCUGGACUGUAACAUUUCAUUAGGCCACUUUGACUGAAGGAGACAAACAUGCUCCAUACUUGAAUUUAAUAGAGGAAUGAUCGCUGAGGGAAUCAGAUAUUUUAUUUGGAUUUAUUUCUUUUAUUUCUAUUUCCUUUGUUGAAUUGUUGUUGUUGUUACAGUAUUUUCCAGCCGGUUACCAUAGCAACAACAGCCCGUUGUGACAGUUAUUUUACAGUGUGUAGAUGAAAGGUCAUGUUGUCACAGGUGGCUCAUUCAAAGCUACUGAGUCUCAUACUUGUAACUGCAUUUUUAAAUGUCUCUAUUUAUUACGUUGUUUGCAGCGAUACCUGUUUGUCCUGUUUGAAUUUGUCACCAGGUUUUCUUUAUUUAUUUACUGCACAGUUUGACUCAUUUCACUUAUACUUAUUGUGUUAAACAUGUGUUUGAACAUUUGACUCACUACUUUCUGUUUUAAAAAAACGAUGAUGAUCAGUUACUGGUGCUUUUAUUGUGUCUCCGUACUGUAUGACAGUUACCUCCGUUUAGUGAUCUUCACAUUCAACACUGCUCUGAUAUAAACUGAAAACGUGAUCAUUUCUGCUGGAAAUUGGGGCUGAAUUUAUUAAUCAGCAAAACCAUUUAACAAUCAAUUGUGCCAAAUAAAGCCAAUGUAAAGAUGGAA